AUGUGUAUCGUCGCCGAAGUUGACCACCUUGUCUGCGAACACAAGGCUAUAUACAUUUACGAAUGUCAAAAAGCUACCUUUGGUCCAGAGGGCUUCACACCAUGCAGUAAUCCCAUAUAUCCCGAGUCCAGACCCUGCUAUUCUACGCACUGCUCUUCUCACUGCUGCGAGAAGACCUGGGGACUGGCGAGUGCGGAUGUCGCCAGAUGGGCUGCGGAAUACGACAAAUUUGGUCCUCCAGCAAACUUCCAGUCAAUCUUACAGGGUUCGCAUAGGGCACUCGCCGCUCAUCUUGUGGAGAUGCUUCAGUCGCGUACUCGCGCCCUUCAACUCGAAUUCAGGCUUAGACGGGGUUGCCCGAGGUUCUGCACUUCGGACAGGUUCCGCGCAAUUGGCAAUCCCCGCGAGCCAGAGAUCGACAAUUUCAUCAAUGCCAACAGCGAUAAGCCGCAAGAGGCCCCCCGGCCCGUGGCUUGGUGUUAUGCAUACUUCGAUAGACGCGAGUGGAAGCAGCACGUACACUGGCCACGAGUAAAAGCCCACCUGUGUGAACACGGAUACAUCAAGAGAUGGUCGUCCUAUGGCGCCAAAAUCAUGGUACACGCACACGGUCUUCCCUCGAUGUCCAGUAUGUCCGAGGAUUCGAAGGAAAGAUCGGCAGGUCUCGAAUGGCCAGAUGUUGCUGUGCUGCCGGAGCUGAAAUAUCCCAACCCCAACGACGAAUCGAUGGGUCCCCCGAGCAAAAGGGCCAAGAAGGAGCCAGUCCGGGACGUUCUCAGCUAUUAAUUUCACUGGGGGCCAUUUUUCAUUCACAAGUCAGCGAGCAGAUGACUAGUGCGAGCACGGAGUAUCAGGUACGAUGCAGCGCGAGCUCCGUGUACUUGCGAACAAACAUAUCGGUAGAUACAAAAAGACUUUGUGUGACUCC